AUGUCUAUUAGCGAUAAAGUUAAUGAAGCAUUUUGUUGGUUGAAAGAAGAAUUUGAUGAAAUAAUUAAUGACAUUGAAUUUGAAAAGAGAGAAACAAAUUUAAAUGAAAUUUAUAUGAAACUAAAUAAUAAAUUAAAGAGUAUUAAUAGUAUUAAUAGUUUAGAUGACAAUAAAAAGGAGUAUGUUGAAAUUAUGAAUAUAACGAACUGGAAUAAUUUAAAUUAUUGUUUAUUUCAUUAUGUUAAUAUUUAUAAUAAAAUUCAUGAAAAGUUAUUUAUUGAAGAAGAUGAUUUUUACUAUAAUUUUGAUGAAGAAAAUUUUUAUGUAAGAAAAAAGUUUUUAGUCAAUUUAGCUUUUCAUCCAUUAAUUUAUACAAUUGAUGUAGCAUACUUUAAUUUUUUGUUUUCUUUUAUUUCUGAAAUAGAAAAUAAUAAUGAUGAUAAUAAUAAUAACAUUAGAUCUUUAAAUAAAUUAGAAGAUAUGCCUAAUGAAUUAAUUUCAAAGAAAAAUAAAAAAAAAUCAAAAAUAGUUUAUAUUUACAACGAUGAUUUAAAAUUUAAGCAAAAUUUUAUAAUAAAUAAUCAAUCUUACUCUGUUUUAAGUAAAAAAUAUCCCAUAAAUUUUGAAAUAAAUAAAUAUUUAGAAAAUUCAGAAACAUUAUAUAACUUUGAUUCAAAAAAAGACAGUGAUCAUGAAAAUACAGAAGAUGAAAAUAUAGAAGAAAAAGAAGAAAAAAAAAAAAAAAAACCUGAAUUAAAUAACAAAGAGAUAAACUUAUAUAAUAAUAAUAUAAACAAAGAGGUAGAUGUAGGCAGUAUUAAAAAAAAUAAUGAUAACAAUAGAAAUAAGGAUUACACAAAUUUAAAUAAAUCUCAUAAUUUUUCUUUAGAAAAUAAAGUGUAUAUGAUUGAUAAAAGUAUUAAUAAAAAAAUAAAAGUAUAUAAUGGGGAUAUAACUACAAUUAAUAGUCAAGCUAUUGUAUUAUUUGCAAAUAACAAUUAUAAGUUCUCAAAAGAUAUAUGUGAAAACUUAUUUUCUUCAGAUUUAAUGAAAUUAGAAGAAGAAGAUAAAUAUGAAAUAAAAAAUAAAAAAAGUGGUGAAGUAUAUUUAACAAAUAGUUAUGAUAAUAUACAUAAAUAUAUAUUACACGUAAUGUUACCAAAAUAUAAUAGUAAAUUUAUUCUAGCAACUCAUAAUACAAUGAAUUUAUGUGUACAAGAAAUAUUAUAUACAUGUUAUGAAAAAAAAAUUGAGUCAUUAUCUAUUCCAAUAGUAUCUUUUAACUUAUUUUUUCCUAUAAAUAUUUUCUUAAUAACAUUAUUAAAAAGUAUUCGUUCUCUUAUUAUAUUACCACAGUUCUAUAACACUAUAAAAACUAUUUUGUUUGUUACAAGUUCUAAUGAUAUUUACUUCCUUUUAUUAAAAUAUCUCUCUAUUUUUUUUCCUCGAUGUGAUCAGGAAAAAUUCUUGUCUACUAAUAUAGCAAUUUUAGGAAAUAAAUUGGGCUCUAUUGAUGUAGAAAAUAGAAGCAUAAGAAUUUUCAAAAGUUUGAGAAGCAUUAGAAAAGCGAAAAGAAAGAAAAAAAAAAAAUUAGAUAAGAUAAAUGAAGAUAAUUCACAUUAUGACAAUAUAAUAAAAAAUAAAUCAAACUUAAAUAGUAAAGAACUAAAUUUUGUUGAAACAAAAUCAUCUGAAGAAAACAAUUUCUCAUCAUCCAAUUAUGUUUCAUCAAAUAAAUCAUUAACUACUGAAAAUUCUUUUUAUUCAUCAUCUUACUAUUCUUCUUCAUCAGAAAUAUUCAAAGAAGCAGAUGCUGAAUUUUUAAAUUUAAAAACAGAAAAUGAAAGUUAUAAAAAUUUUUUUAAUUUAAAUCAAGUAAAUAAAAAUGAAGAUAUGAAUUUAGAAUAUUGUCUAAGAUUAAGUUAUAUGUAUGACAAAAAGGAAAAAUUUAAAGAAUUGAAAAAUACUUAUUUUAUUUAUGAAUAUGGAUUUGAUGAAUUAGGUAGAAACACAAUAGUUAUAAACUUUUUUAACUUCCCAUUAGUAUAUAAUUACAAUUUAUUAUUCUUUUAUUUAAUAUUUUUUUUUAAUAAUUUUAUGAAAAAUCAUUUUGUGCUAUUAUUUAUCUUUUCUGAAAAUAUAUCAUCGAAUAUAACAAAUGUUUUAUCAUUAUUUAAAGAUAUCUUUCAACUAAUUCAAGAAUUUUUAAAAAAUCUUAAAAUUAUUUACUUUUUUAAUUAUUCUCUCAUGUUUAAAUUUUUUAUAUAUGUUCUCUAUCCCUUUAUACCAUCCAAUAUUUAUCAAAAUAUUAUAUAUAUAAAUGAUACAAUAGAAUUAUCAAAGUAUUUUGAUAUUAAAAAAGCCUUGAGAAAAACUUAA